CAGUCGUCGCCAUGGGUAUCGAUCUCGACCGCCACCACGUCAAGGGCACUCACCGCAAGGCCCCCAAGAGCGACAAUGUCUACCUGAAGCUCUUGGUCAAGCUUUACCGCUUCCUGGCUCGCCGAACCGAUGCCGCUUUCAACAAGGUGGUCCUCCGACGACUGUUCAUGUCCAAGAUCAACCGCCCCCCGGUCUCUCUGUCCCGCAUUGUUGCCAACAUCAACAAGGAGGGCGAGAAGCGCACCGUCGUCGUUGUCGGCACCGUCACCGAUGACAACCGUCUCCUGUCUUUCCCCAAGACGACCGUUGCCGCCCUUCGGUUCACCGCCACUGCCCGUGCCCGCAUUCUUGCUGCCGGUGGUGAGGCCAUCACCCUCGACCAGCUGGCUCUCCGUGCUCCCACUGGCAGCAACACCCUGAUCCUCCGUGGACCCAAGAACAGCCGAGAGGCUGUCAAGCACUUCGGAUUCGGCCCCCACAAGCACAAGAAACCUUUCGUCGAGUCCAAGGGCCGCAAGUUCGAGCGUGCUCGUGGCCGAAGACGCUCUCGUGGCUUCAAGGUCUAAAUGGUGGUUGAAAAAAUGGGCAAGCAUCAGGAUGGAGGUACUUUUUAUCUCCAAUUUUUCGCUUUAUGUAUGGGACCAAAUGGGAUGGCGUGACUUGAUAUCAUUCGUACCUCAAAAUUUCGUGCCUGGACAUGGCC